AUUAUGUGAUUAAUUGUGUUUUUGUGUGAUUAAGAGUAUUUUAGUCAUUAAUAGAUUAUUAACUAGAUGCGGAGAGUUAAAUUAAUUAUAAGAGAGAUAAUUAGUUAAUUAUGAGAAUUAAUAGACUUUAGAUGUUAUUGGGCAUAGAAUUUAAAAUAAACAUGUUAUGAGUAGAAUAGAGGAGAAAAUAGUAAUUGUGUAGAAAAAUUAGGUUAGAAAGAAUAGAGUAGUAUGAGAGUUGGUCACAAAACCAAAAAUAGAGAAAAGGGAGGUAGAAAGAGAAAGUAGAAGAAAAAUAAUGUUUUAGAGAGAAGUUGGAGAAAAGCUUGAGAGAAGAGGAAGAACUUGAGGAAUUGAAGAAGAAGGACUAAAGGUUUCAACUUUGACAAGAUUCUCAGGUCGACGAUUCUAGUGCUCAGGAGUAGUCGCGUUCUAUCGCUUUUGCUUAGUGGUGAGGGUUUAGCUAUGCUACCCGUUUUUACCUUAGACUUUAGUUUCCUUGGUUUGUAAUAAAGUUUAGUGCUCUGAUAUUGUAACACUACCUUGGGGGUAAUCGUUUGCAUGCUAUUUUGGAUAUUGUCUAUGAUUAGACCUUACGUAUGUUGAUGUUGUUUUGAUGAAUAUUUUCCUUUGGGACUUAUGAGAUUUAUUCAUGGUUUUGUAAGUUGAUGCAUGCUUACUUUGAAUCAAAGUAUUAAUGACUAUUUCCGCUGUCGUAUUUAAAUGAAUUAUCUCUGAUGAAAUGGAAUUUACUUUAUGUGUAAUACCUUAUAUACUUACAUGGUUGCUUUAUUUAAGUUAUUAAAUGCGUGUAAGGGUUAGGGUGUUAUAUAGUUGGUAUCAGAGCAAGGUCGAUCCAUUGGAUCAAAUAGGUUUAGAUUACCCUGUGUGUAACACGUGUUAGGGAAACACUGUUUAUGCUUUUAGCUUUCUUAACCGUUGUUGGGUGGUGAUGAUACAUGUUAUGGGUCGAAAGGCACUUGCCGAUGCUAUGAAGUUGAUGGCUAAAGCCAUGGCGCAGGAUGCCGCUAGUAGGACCGCUGAGAGGGAAGCCCAAGAACAUCGAAGAGGUGGGGAGGAUGAACUCAGACUUCAGAGGUUUAUGAACAAUAAGCCACCGAUCUUUGAUGGAGGCUAUGAUCCCGAAGGAGCUUUGAAAUGGAUAGAAGGUGUUGAGAGAAUCUUUAAUGCAAUGAGGUGUCAAGAUGUACACAAGGUUACUUUGGGAAGCUAUGUCUUACAUGAGGAAGCUGACUAUUGGUGGAAGAAUGCAAGCCAAAGAUUGGGAGCAGGUGGAGCUGUGAUCACUUGGGAUAGGUUCAAGAGGGAAUUUUUGAUUAAGUAUUUUCCAGCUGAUGAGAGAAACCGAAAGGUUGUGGAAUUUAUGGAACUUAAGCAAGGAAAUAUGUCUGUUUCGGAGUAUGCUGCCAAGUUUGAAGAACUUUGUCGUUUCGCUCCUCAUUAUAAUACCGUGGAAGCGGAAGAAGACAAGUGUGUGAAGUUUGAAAAUGGACUAAGGCCCGACAUCAAGCAGUUGAUUGGUUUUAAUGAGAUUCGUGACUUUCCUACUUUGGUGAACAAGAGUCGUAUUUGUGAUAAGGAUGGGAAAGCCAAGGCUAACUACUUAAAGGCGGUUAAUGACAAGAAAGGAAAGGACUAUGUAAAAGGGAAACCUUAUGAUAAGAAAGGAAAGAAGAGUGAUGAAGGUGGUAGUAGUGGAAAAGGAAAAGGUAAUGGGAAUUGUUUCAAGUGUGGUUUACCGGGACAUCGUUUCUUUGAAUGCCCAAGAAAGGAUGAUAAGUGUCUUAAGUGUGGAAAGAUUGAUCAUAAGACGGAAGAGUGCAAGAAGCCAGUUGUUUGUUUCAAUUGCAAGGAAGAGGGUCACAAGAGUCAUGUUUGCAAGAAGCCAAGAGUGGCUGGAGGAAAAGUCUUUGCUUUGGAUGGUGGAGAUGUGGAAGCGGACAACUUAAUCCGAGAUUCUCAGGUCGACGAUUCUAGUGCUCAGGAGUAGUCGCGUUCUAUCGCUUUUGCUUAGUGGUGAGGGUUUAGCUAUGCUACCCGUUUUUACCUUAGACUUUAGUUUCCUUGGUUUGUAAUAAAGUUUAGUGCUCUGAUAUUGUAACACUACCUUGGGGGUAAUCGUUUGCAUGCUAUUUUGGAUAUUGUCUAUGAUUAGACCUUACGUAUGUUGAUGUUGUUUUGAUGAAUAUUUUCCUUUGGGACUUAUGAGAUUUAUUCAUGGUUUUGUAAGUUGAUGCAUGCUUACUUUGAAUCAAAGUAUUAAUGACUA